AUGGCGAACCGACAAAUCACACGGCGCAUUGUGACCAGCGCAGCGAUCGCAGUAUGCCUCAUCUUCUUCCUCUUUAUCCGACCACAAGGCCCGCCGAGCCCUGCCGUCCGUGCUCCAGGCCACCUCGAUCAUUCCGCACCGACAUCUGCGCCGGGGAUAACCAUUCAAGCUAGCACGCUAAAGGGCGAUGUGGUGAUGCCGAAGCUAGGCAACGAGACGGCCAAGGCUGAAUUAGGUCGUGCGACUUGGAAAUACUUCCACACGGUUAUGGCGCGGUUCCCCGAGACCCCCACUGAAGACGAGAAGGAGGCGCUGCGCUCCUAUAUCUACCUAUUUGCUCGGUUAUAUCCUUGUGGAGAAUGUGCGGAGCAUUUCAUGCAGCAUUUGAGCAAAUAUCCGCCUCAGGUUUCGUCGCGCAAUGCGGCUUCUGGGUGGGCUUGCUUUGUUCAUAAUGAGGUCAAUGCUAUGCUUGACAAGCCCGAGUUUGACUGCGCCAAUCUGGGAGAUUUCUACGAUUGUGGCUGUGGUGAGGACGAGGAAGGGUCGGCUGCUUCGAAGUCUGAUGCUGGGAAGGAGGGCACGGGGCAGCAUGAUGGGCCUGCUGUGGAGAUCUCAAAGGAAGAGUUGGACGACCCGUGGUUGACGCGAUGA